CCAGCAGGCUCGAAUAUUAUAAUGUUUCCUGAACCAAAAUGGCGGCCAAAACAUCUCAACAAUUUUGUUCUAAACCAGACCUAAUCCGUCAAGAAUACAAGCGUUACAAGCGAAAAAAGCCCCCUCCAGACUUCAGCGAAGUCAUAGACUUUAAUGAUCCACAAACCUUUCAAGGAAAGGUAUCUGAAUGGCCGUUAAAGUCGCUCCCUCAUUCAGAUUUCGGUUUAAAGUGCGCCCGCCAAUGGCGAGCUUACCAUUUAGACUGUCGUCCAGGACUGAUUUUCAUCGUGAAUCCCUUUGUUUCUGGCGCUCAGCAUUACUGGGCUCGUAGAUGUUUGGAGGAUUUUCCUCGAAAACCCAACAUAUCAAAUCUGGAUGCACAUAUGUCGAUAGGUGAUGAUGACUGCAUUUGGGCCUUGAGUAAUAGUGGCAGCAGUGAGCAUGUAAACCUGAUUGAUCGGCUGCGUUGGGUCCACCUUGGCUACCAGUUUGAUUACAAUGUAGUGGAUUAUAAACCAGAGAAAUACUAUGGCUUCCCUAAAGAUCUUGGCGGCCUGAUGCAUCAUCUGGCAGAGGCGAUUGGCUACUUAGGGUACACCCCUGAGGCAGGCAUUGUCAACUACUAUCCUCUGAGUGCAUCUAUGGGGGGACACACUGACCACUAUGAGUUAGAUCUCUCCUGGCCUCUCAUAUCCGUCAGUUUUGGCCAAUCUGCGGUAUUUCUUAUAGGGGGCAAGACAAAGGAUGUUAAGCCUACAGCUUUGUACAUCAGAAGUGGGGACAUACUGGUUAUGUCUGGGGAAGCUCGUCUAGCUUUCCACGCUGUACCUAGAAUAAUACAAGUUCAAACAAAAGAUAAUAUACCGGAAGGUUUGACAUGGUCACAUGGAAUGCUGCCCGAAGAACAAAAAACACACAUGUGGACAACUACAGCAAGAUCAGUGACAACUAAAACACAUGAUGGAGAACAGGACACAACAGAGCAGAAAUCAUAUAAAGACAGCUGCUGUAAUCCCAAGGCAUUUUUAACUCAAUCUCCACCUAUGACAGAAGAGGAAUGGUUGCCAUUCGCAAAAUAUUUGUCCAGAACUAGGAUUAAUGUUAAUGUAAGGCAGGUGCACUCUUUGGGGACAACAGUGAAUAGUCCUCUACCCAAGGAUGAGUAAUAACAAGAAGAUUUGAACACCAGGUUUAUAUAAUUCAAUGAAUCAAUAAAUAAACAAUCUAGUUGAAAAGCAUCAAAUAAAUUUCCCUGCUAGCAGAGGCUUUUUUUCUCUGUAUUUCGCUGGGCUGGAGUUCGCGAGGAAAAGAUACUCUCUUUUCCUCGCGAACGCCAGCACAGUGAAAUACAGAGAAAAGAGGCCUCUGCUAGCAGAGGCGUGAACGAUUGUGCACCAAAAUGGUAUUCAAACUUACACAGUAGUACAUUACCAAAGGCGCGGGUUUUUUUGAGCUGAAUGAAAACAUGACGGAAGAGCUGCCCAGAUUCGCUCUCCUCGAAGGAACAAUUGAUAACUUUAUAAAUGACCAA